AUGGCGAUUUUAGGUUACAAAAUGUUCGGAUCGGAGCUGCAAUCUCAGAUCACGUUGAACCUUCCGAUGAAUAAAUUGAGCUCAAAAGUGGCUAUCUUCACCGCUCUGCUCAAUCCCAUUGCCAAAUACGCACUGAUGCUGAAGCACAUCGUUGAUGCAGUUGAGAGAGGCAGUGUCUGGCGGCGGUCGUUGGCACGAGUCGCGUUGAUCGGCGGCAGCGUGUUCAUGGCCCUAACGGUGCCGUUUUUCGGAUACCUAAUGUCGAUGGUGGGAGCGUUUUUGAGCGUCACUGCUUCGAUACUGCUCCCAUGUUUUUGCUACUUGAAGAUUUGUGGGAGUUCUAAUUGUAGUAGGAAGUUGAGCUGUGAAAAUGUGGUUAUAGGCUUAUAG